UACUUCUUGCAUAACACUUCCCACAUAUAAAAACGCGGAGCUCGUAUCGGGUCCCGGCAUAUUCUACACAGAGAGAAUCGUUACCAAGGACCUUCUCUCUCUCUCGAACCGAGUCCACCCGCUUCUAAUAACUUCUCUGUGAUUUUCCACGACUAUGGGAAACGGUGUCGUUGCUCGUCUGGAAAGUAAAUUCCACUGACCUUGAGUAUGAUCUAAGAAAAUCUUGAACUACAACUGGAGAAGCAGGGUCUCUUGAACAGACGCCAUGCCUUCCAUAAAGUGUCCUGUUCCUGGUUGCGGAUAUGUCACCGAGGACCUUGACGUAGCAGUUGUAGCUGCACUCCUGACUCUUCAUAAUAAUGUUCAUAGUUCUCCUUCAACCGCCAAAGUAGAAGUGAAGAGACCUUGCAUUUUAGCAGCUAGCACGAGAGAAAACUGGCCCAGCUUUAAAUCAAGAUGGUCAGAAUAUGUAGAUGCCACAAAAAUCACUGGUCAGGAAAAAGUGGAGCAACUCCUGGAAUGCUGUGAUGAGCAGCUGCGCAGAGACUUAACAACCUCCUUAGGUGGCGCACUCACUGAUAAGACUGAGGAAGAGUUAUUAGCUGCCAUCGAGAGGCUUCUUGUACACGAGAAAAGACUGACUGUACCAAGAGAAUCACUCCACAACUUACCUCGAGACUCUGGUGCAUCUUCAGAUGAACAAACAGGUGCAUUAACUCAGACGGAUAAUAAAGGCGAAGCAGAGCCUGAGAAGGAUGAAAAGCCCCAGAACCAUCAUGAUAUGAAGGUGACCCAAGGAGUUAUAGAAAGGAACAUAAGUCACAAGGAAGUACAAAAUAAAGAUAACAGUCUUUUGGAAAUAGAAAGAAAAGAUGUGCUUGAAAAGAAAAUAAGCAGGAUGGAAGUAGCUGGACAAAAAUUAGAUAAAAAUAGUGGUGGCAUAGAGGUUUGUAAACAUUUUGUGGAUAGCAGUGACAGUGAUAUGGAAGUAAGUGAAGAAGACACAGAAAGUGGAGGUUUUAUGGUUAUCCAUAAAGCAGAUGACGUCUCUCCUUUAGAGAAACAGGAAGAAUUGCUUGGCAAACUUGGACUGAGUAAAUAUGUGAAAGGAGAGAAGAUAUCCCUACUGGAUGUAGUGACCCAGUCAUCAGGCAAAAGAGAUUUAAUGAGUGACAUACCAUGGCAUGUCUUCUCAAAGAUAUUGAUGCUUGACUAUCGGGGAAGAGAUGACAUUAUUUCACCUGCUAUUGAAAAUAGUCUCGCAACUGAUCAGACCAUUCAAGGACCUAAGAAAAAGGCCACUGUUGAUUUCGAGGAAAUGUUUGCUGGGGAUAUGGACAGUACUUCUCUUUCCUCAAUGCCACACCCCAUGGAUGUUCUUCUGGCUCUCUUCAUGUGCUCAUCAAAUUUUCUAAGGCAAAUUAUUUGUGAGAAGUUGUUCAUGUGCAAGUUAAGCAUCCCUUUGGUUAUACCUUCAGUCCUGGGAGAAGAACCAUUGUCUCUCCUUUGGUCUUUGAGAAGCACUGUUGCAGAAUUCAAGCUUCCAAGUGGAGACCUUUAUGAAACGUCAGUUGUAACGCAUCCAAUCCCUAUUGUGUCGUGUCUCAGGGUAGGAGAGAUUUCAAGAUCUAAAUCAAAAUUCCUAAAUGAAAUAUUAAAUGACCAGAGUCACCCUACUUUCUUUCAUCGGGACUGCCAGAAUGGAAUGAAUGGACGUAUUCUCUCAGAAGGAGUUCUAGAGAUUGCAUGGUACUUUCCCCCAAAGCGACAUGAAAACAUUGAUUUGAGUAGAGAUUUAGCUUUCGUAAAUCUUCGGGGAGAUGGAGAGUCAACCAGGAUAGCCAAGAGCGUGGAGUUUUUGUGCAAAAUAUCUAGUGUUGUGAUAGUAAUGAUAGAUGUAAAUGGCACGGGGCAUUCUGACAAAAUUGAUAGUUUAACAUCAAAAUUCUCACACGAUACACAACUGAUCCUUUUGGUCACAAAACAAGCGAGCACCAAAUUUGAUGAAACGAGUAAAAUGAGAAUCAAGAAAUUGAUUGAUUCACUCCAAUGUAAAGGAUUGCCACUGGAAAAUAUUGUUUUUGACUUUGAUGCCAGGGGGGAAAAAAACAUUAAACAUUUGAAAAGCAAAAUUAGUGCCUUGAUUAACAUGAAUCUGGCUGUCAGAACUGAAGAGGUGUCUAUUGAAGAGUGCAUGAAGUUGGCUGAUAGUCUAAAGAUUGGUGUGGAUGAAAACACUUCAGAAUGCAGUAAAAGCAAAAAGAUGGCAUCAUCAAUAAUACAAGGUAUUUGCAAACGUGGUAUGGAUAAUCUUAAAGCCAAGAAUAUGCCAUUGCAAUGUCAACCCUGGCAGGAAUGGGCUGAAUUGCACAAAGAAGAGCACAGACGAGAGAGGAGAGGAAACGAUAGUAUGGACUCUUAUAUGGACAAAAUUGCUAAUGAUAUGAGAAAACUCAGACAAAAACAAUUGCGACUAAUUGAAAAUCCAAACAUAGCCCGUGAUGCAUUUUUAGAUAACCUUACGGAUCCGGUCAGUGAAGAGAUCCUCUACUUCCUGCGGUGGUUAAAGCUUCAUCUGGAUGAAAUCUCAAGACAAACACUACCGAGUCUACAAAAGGAGUGUAGCCAAAAAUGGAAUAAAAUCCGUGAGUGCGAAGACGCGACACAACGGGCAGCCUUACAAGUUGAGUUGGAUGAAAGUGAAAAAAAACUAGCUGAAGCUUCUUUUGGGUUAGAACAUUUCAUGAGAGAAAUUGCACAGGCCUAUGAAUCUGUUCAGUACAUGGGAAAUGAAGCAUCAGCAAAAACUCGAGAACAAAUGCAAUGUCUCCCAAGUAUCAUGGCGGAGCUGAUGCUUUUAGGUUACCCUCUGGAAAUAAUGGAUGGAGAUGCUGCACAUAUACCAAUGAAGUGGGUACAAGCUGUUCUUAGUCAGCUCACAAAAAGGAUUGGUGAUAAGAAAAUCUUUGUACUUUCCGUUUUAGGAAUCCAGAGCUCUGGAAAGUCUACCUUGCUCAACACUAUGUUUGGCCUUCAGUUUGCUGUAGCAGCUGGUAGAUGUACUCGAGGUGUGUUUGCACAGCUUUUGCCAGUUUGCACAGAGUAUUCUGGUACUACAUAUGAUUACAUACUGGUUGUAGAUACAGAAGGUUUAAGAGCAGCUGAAUUAGGCAAAGCCAAACUUCAACAUGAUAAUGAAAUUGCCACUCUGGUUAUUGGUUUAGGGGAUAUAACACUUGUCAAUGUUAAAGGAGAAAAUGUCUCUGAAAUGGAGGAUGUACUUCAGAUUGUAGUUCAUGCUCUGCUGAAAAUGAGUUUAGUGAACAAGAAUCUUAAAUUGCAGCCAUCUUGCAUUUUCAUUCAUCAAAAUGUUUCUGCUCAGGACGCUUCCCAGAAAUUGAGAACUGGCCAGCAGAGGUUCAUAGAGACACUUGAUAAAGUAACAAAAGCUGCAGGAAAGCAAGAGGAUAAUCCCCAGUACACCAGAUUCAGGCAACUUAUCAACUUUGACAUAAACAAAGAUAUUUUCUAUAUAUCGGACUUAUGGAAAGGAGACCCACCAAUGGCACCUGUCAACCCUGGCUACAGUGAGAAUAUAAAUAAUGUGAAGCAAAAAUUAAUGACAGACGUAAUGAAGAAAAGAUCCUUCCACCUGACAGCUGAUAAAUUUUGUGCUAGACUGAAAGAUCUUUGGAAUGGGAUUCUGGAUCAAAAUUUUGUUUUUAGUUUCAAAAAUAGCCUUGAAAUGGAUGCUUACAAUUCAUUAGAAAGUGAAUUAUCUGAUAUUCUGUGGUCAAUGAAGUCGUCAGCUAUGGAGUGGUUCAAUAGUAAAAGAAAUUUAAUUUCCAACAGAGAAAGUGAACUGGAGAAACUGAGUCUAGAUUUGACAUCAGAGUGCAGACAGCAUCUAGACAAAGUAUAUCAGGAGGCAGUCAAGAGACUUGACAAUUACUUCAUCACUCACGAGGAUAGAUCCUUUUUGGAACAAUGGCGUGCAAAUUCUGCUUUAAAAUUAAAAGCAAGUUAUAGCAACAAAGCAGAUAGUGUCAUUGAUAAUAUAAGAUGUGAAAUAGAAAAGAGGAAAAUCCAAAUUGAACAGAAGAAAGAUAUGAAAGCCUAUAUAAAUAGGAUAAUGACUGAAGCACAGGAACUGGCAGAAAAUCUAAGACUGCAAGAGGGCAAGAGUAAACUAAGUGAAGAAGAGCUGAAAGACACGUUCAGGGAAAAGUGGAAUGAAUGGCUGAAGACAAUACCUCAAAAAGAAAAGGAAGACCUGAAUGUUGUAGAGCAAAUAAAUGAUACCCUCGAAAGAGUCUUCGUGCAGGAUUUACCUUUACUCAAAAAGGUUCAGGAGGAGAGGUGUUUAGAAACGGCUCGUGAGAACUGCGUAAAAGCCAUCGAAACUUAUGCUACUGACAGAAUAUAUUUGUCUCGCAAUGGCUUUUGGAAUAUGCUUUCCAAGGAUAAAGAUGUUAUUUUAAAGUAUCUGAAUGAAGUGAUAGAAAACGUCAAAGCAGUUGUGAGAGAUAAACAAGAUAAAAAGAAUCAGAUAAACCAAGAAUGUGCACAAAAGAUAAUCAGAUGCGUGCGUGAGACUGUUAAGAAAUUAGGUUCAGUCUUGAAAUGUUCCAAUGUGAAUGAGUUAGAAAUUUGCUUAGCAAUAUUUUUAUGUCAGUAUGCUUCCCAUCCUUACUCCAGAAUAUCUAAAUUGGAGCCUGGACCAGGAAAGACUUAUGAAGUGGUUGCGUAUGGCAUUCUUCCUGCUUUUGAACAAGUUCUCCUCAAAACCUUUACACAUUAUAAAGAAGUCAUGAAAAGAGUUAAACCAGAACUCAUGUUACAGAAUAGCUCCAGGAAUUUCAACUUUGAUAUUAAGAAGCACACGCAGAUGACUAAGGAGAAGUCUAAGAGUGUCGAGCAACAUGUUCAGCCGCUCAUAGAUAACUUGUUUGUUGAUGUUCAGACAAUUACUGACAAAGUUCAGUGUUUCAGUGAACAUUCCAUUGAGGAAAUCAUACACAUGGUGGUUUCUAUGGAAAGCAAGUGUAAUGACGUCAGUUUCACAAAGACUUUCAGAACUGAACUGAUUGUUUAUUUGUGCCAGUUUUGUCUUCCAAAAUUUUGUGAGAAACAAAAGAGGUAUGUGGAAGAUAGGGACCAAAGAUUGGUAUAUGAGAGAGACAAUUAUGGCCCAUGUUUCGAAAGGUUCAAGAAUUUCUAUUUCAAGUUCACGGAUGAACAAGCACUGGCCAACGUAUUAUCUGAGCGUGUAGCAAAAGCUAUAGAAAAUGCUGUUAACAUAGACGUGGCCCGAACACUAGCCGAAGACGUUAGGAAUAACGUAAGUCAAUUACAGCUUAAACCAGCUUUUCUGAAAUCAGUCUUAAGUGAGCUUUUAGAAGUAGACGAGUUCAGAGAGUUUCAUCUUUAUCUCUCUGACUUGGAUGAAUCUUUACAGAAAUGGCUAUGCUACUACAUUGACAGAUAUUUGUUCACCCAGCAGACGAAUGAGCCCAACAGGUACACAACAAUUGCUUCCCAAAAGAUUGAAGGUCUCACCUCAGAAGUCUGUAAUAAAAUCUUAGCAGAAGCCCCAACCGAGGAUGAAAAUUCUUUUUUAAUGUGGAUUAAAGACUUCCAUUCAAGAGUAAAGGAUAUCUUAACAUUACCGUUGGAAGAUUUGCUGAGCCUAUCUGAAGGCUAUAACAUCGUUUCGUUGAAAACUUUCACCAAGUCCUUCAGCGAAAUCGUGCAAAAAAGUCAGAAUGUGAUAAAAGACACCUUUCGUAACCAUACACCAGCUGACCACAAGGAUACCCAGGAAGACAAUGUGUACAAUUUGAUUGCAGCUGAAUGUAAAGGAUGCACGGAAAGAUGUCCUUUCUGCUCUGCUCCGUGCUCCCUUAAUACGCCUGGUCACACAGAGGGAGGAGUCAAUCACACUGCAUUGGAGCAUUACCCAGAAGCAUGCGGAAGGUACAGGUGGAAAGACUCUCAGAAACUUGUUACAGAAAGCUGUACAAUGUUGGUUGCUGGUGACGCUAGGUUUUCCUGUGGUGCAACUAAUGGUCAGUACCAUCCAUAUAAAGACUACAAGGAAAUAUAUCCCCACUGGGAAAUUCACGGCGAUCUGUCAGUUGAAGCAACGCCUUACUGGAAAUGGUUCUUGGUGCAAUAUGAAGCCCAGUUAGCUGAAGUGUUUGAAGCAGAAAGGCCUGACAUUCCGUCUUCUUGGAGACGAAUUACCAAAGAUGAUGCAUUAAACUCACUUGAGAAGUGAAAGAACAGUUUGGUUUGUCUAAAACAGGGGUGGCCAAACUUUUCAAUGCAAGGGCCACAGUCAAAAAUUCAAAAUUUUAUAGGGCCGCAUAGUGAAUUAAGCAAAAUGAUUAAUACAUAAAAUACAAAAUAAAAGGCUUUUAAAGAAAAAAUGCAUUUAAUUUUUAUCAAUUAAUAUUUUGAAUUACUGUAAAAGAUUCACAUGAAUUGCAUUUAUUUGAAAUACAAAGUCACUCACUUGGAAAACAAUUUUAAUUAGUAAUUUAAAGUAGGAACUUCACAUGAAACACAUUUGAAAGACAUAAUACCCUUUCUCUUUCAAAUUUACCGACAUGUGGCGGGCCGCAUUAAUUCGUUUGGCAGCGGUCCGUAGUUUGCCCACACCUGGUCUAAAACUUCUCUCUGUGUCAGUUCCUUUUUAUAGACGUUACCAAGCGAUCAAAGCUGGAUGAUCAGAACUGCAGUCAGUACUUUCAGCCCUCAGAUUUUCUCUUCUGCGCCAUGAGAGCCAAGUGGUUGACGGACAGCUGUAGUGAGGACAUCCGCGUAAAACAGAUGUAGUAGGUACUUUUGUUAAUGGGAAUUUAACCGAGACAGAAAUUCUUGUCUGUUAAUUCUCUUAUUAGUUAUUACAUGUUAACAUCAAUCCUUCGUUUCCUACUUGCCCUUUUAACGUUUCCUUAAUACUUAAUAGAAUUUUUCUUGGCAGUUUUUAAUCACCUGACAGCUUCACUGCAAUUAAGGACCUGAGGUAAAAGAGGAAAUAAAUGGGUUUGACGUCGUUGCUGGAACUUAUCCGUUUCUCUCUGCCCCACUGAGUGCAGGCAAAACUCGCAAAAGCUUUCUCAGUGUGAAGACUUCCAGUAUAAGACUACUCUUCAUGUCACCUUGUGGCUAACGACCUCAAGACACUGGAACUGGCCUUAAUCCUGGAAUUUGGCAAUUUUAAUUUUUUUUCUGUUAUGUUACUUGUUUGUAUUAUUUCUGAUACUUUAAAGUAGGCCUAGGAUGCAUUUCAGGAUUUAGAACUUCUACGUAGAAUUUUCUCUCUCUGUGGUUCCCCGAAAAUUGUGAGGUAACAUCACUUAGUUAAGACCUAUAUUCGGUUGUUUUUUCACAUAUUCUCUCGAUUUAUACCAUACAACGCCCGUGUGGCGAUGUAGAAAUAUAUGGUGCUGAUAGCAUAAAGAUUGUCAUUGUGUUCUGAGGGCAUAUUUUGUUAAUAAAAAUGCAGUGAUUCAUAACAAAUUAUUAAUUUACUGUUAUUAAAAUAAAUGAGUAUUAACAUUGUUUUUUAAUAGAAAAAUGUUUGAAUGUAAAAACAUCAUUUUGAUAGUUCCUAUUUAAUGUUCUCUUUGUGUGACAUGAUUUUGUUUGAAUGGUUAUGUGUAGAACAAAAACUGUAAUAAUUUUUUUGUCAAUAAACAUCAAUACUA